AUGCCGUAUCCUGAGAAGUUCACCGGGCUCCAGGUCAAUGGGCCGGAUACCUGGCUGGAAUUCAACAAGAACGAGUUCCAACCGAAGCCGUUUGGCGAUUACGAUGUCGACGUCAAGAUCGAGUGCUGCGGCGUUUGCGGCAGCGACCUCCACACCAUCAGCGGCGGCUGGGGCGAGCAGAAGUUCCCCCUGGCUGUUGGGCAUGAGAUCGUGGGGACGGCGGUUCGGGUAGGACCCAAGGUGACGCUGAUCAAGGAAGGGCAGCGCGUGGGCGUGGGCGCGCAGAGCUACGCCUGCCUCGACUGCCGCCAGUGCAAGAACGACAACGAGACGUACUGCCGGAAGCAGCUCGACACGUACGGCGCCGUGUGGCCGGACACGGGUAUCGUCUCGCAGGGCGGCUACUCUUCACACGUGCGGACACACCAGCACUGGGUCUUCCCCAUCCCCGACAGCCUCCCGAGCACAGUGGCGGCCCCCAUGCUCUGCGCCGGCCUGACGGCCUACUCGCCGCUGGUGCGAAAUGGGUGCGGGCCCGGGAAGAAGGUGGGAAUCGUGGGGCUGGGCGGCAUCGGUCACAUGGGUGUGCUGUUCGCGAAGGCCCUCGGGGCCGAGGUGUGGGCGAUCAGCCGGACGCAUGCCAAGGAGGCGGACGCGCGCAAGCUCGGGGCGGACGGGUUCCUGGCGACGGCAGACAAGGACUGGAACGUGCCGCACGUCAUGACGUUUGACCUGAUCGUCAACACGGCCAGUAGCUUCGACGGGUUCGACCUCGACGCCUACCUGAGCCUGCUCGACGUGCACGCCAAGUGGGUGAGCGUGGGCCUGCCUGAGGACGACGGCAUCAAGAUCCGCAACCAGACCUUCCUCAGCAACGGCUGCUUCUUCGGCAGCUCGCAUCUCGGCAGCCGGAAGGAGACGCUCGAGAUGCUGCAGCUGGCGGCCGACAAGGGGAUCAACACGUGGGUGGAGGAGGUGCCCAUCAACGAGAAGAACCUGGCCGACAUCAUGCAGCGGCUGCACAAGAACGACGUCAAGUACCGAUUCUGCCUGACCAAUUACCAGGACCAGUUUGGGGCUUGA